AUGACGACCAGCUCACCACUUUUUCCGCCAAGGAACAUUUUCCCUUCCUCUUCCCGCGCCGGCAGGAGCCCGACGCAUCGCAUUCGUACCCAAACGUACGGUCUCUAUCAGAAUACCGCCUCCAAUGUUGCGGUCGCAUCCAUUCACAUCGGGGUUGCUGCCGGCAUGUUCUUUGGGGCUAUUUACAACAUGUUCUAUGUCCACAGCUUGACGAAACGCCUUGGGAUAGUGGCAGGCUACACCGUGGCGUUCGCAAUAUGGGUAGCUCUGCUGUCCGACGCACGCAGGUCAGCGAUCUUUAGUGCUUGUGCAGCAUAUGCAGUCGCGUUGGUCGUCUUCGUGAGUGGGAAUUUGAGCAGUCAAUCGCCGUCGUGA